AUGUCAUCUCGUCUCAAGCCUGACACUUUUGACUGGGGUGCUGCUCAUGCCUUCGGGGAGUGGCAGCAUGAUCUGAAGAUACUGGAGCGCCACGGCCCAGUCGCAUUGAAGUAUGAAAAGAAAGCAGAACAGCCGCCCAUCAAACCAUUCCACUACUGCGAACAGUAUCCAUGCUACAUGAUCCAAGACAUGGUGGGAGGAAGCUUGAUGACGACCGGUGACAUGAUGAAGGAUGACGGGCACCCCAACAAUGUCAUCAGAAAGGCGCUUUAUUCUGAGGCUGCGCGAAUGAUCUUUGGUCUCUUGGUCCAGGAAAACGCCGCAAACUUCCUGUGUGCGUAG